GUCACAACCAUGGAGCACCAGCUCCAUCAACGUCAUUUUCACCUCCAAGAUAUUUGUUUUGAGUGGGUAAGCAUUCUUUCUGGCCUUCUAUGAUUCAGGUAAAUAAAAGGAGAGCCCAUCAGAAUCCUGAAGCCAAAAUGAAGAAUAUCGACGAGAGAUGCCUUUGAGAUCAUUAACUGAGACGGCAGACGAAUUUAUGGAGAGCGAGAGCGAGGGCUGCUUCCAUUUGUACGUGGCAUCCGUCCUCCUGCUUGUGCUGGCAUCUGAACCCUUUGCAGUCGCGGCUGCUGCGAUAACCAGAGACGAUUUCCCUCCCGGAUUCAUCUUUGGCGCCGGCACCUCUGCUUACCAGGCGGAAGGAGCGGUUGCAGAGGAUGGAAGAAAGCCCAGCAUCUGGGACACCUUCGCACAUGCUGGGUUGAACGCAGAUCAGACAGCAGCAGAUAUAGCAGCAGAUCAGUAUCAUAAAUACAAGGGCGAUGUGAAGUUGAUGCGUGAUAUGGGUCUGGAUGCCUACAGAUUCUCUAUGUCCUGGUCUCGAAUUAUUCCUGACGGACGGGGACCUAUAAAUCCAAAAGGCUUGCAGUAUUAUAACAAUCUAAUCAAUGAGCUUGUUAGCAACGGAAUAGAGCCUCAUGUUACCUUGUGUCAUUUUGAUCUUCCACAAGCGCUGCAAGAUGAGUACGAAGGAUUAUUGAGCCCUAGAAUAGUAGAGGAUUUCACUGCUUACGCCGACAUAUGCUUCAAAGAAUUCGGUGACAGAGUGAAGAACUGGAUCACUUUCAAUGAACCCAACUUUGAGCCAGUCUUAGGUUAUGAUGUUGGAAUUUUUCCACCUGCACGCUGCUCGUACCCUUUCGGUUUCAAUUGCUCCGAAGGAGAUUCCACAAGAGAGCCAUAUCAGUCUGCUCAUAAUUUUCUUCUAUCACAUGCAUCAGCUGCUACAUUGUACAAAGAAAAGUAUCAGGCAGAACAAGGAGGAAAGAUAGGAAUUACCAUCCUGGGUUUCUGGGUUUCCCCUUACACAGAUUCCCAGGAGGAUAUUGUUGCAACACAAAGAGCGAGGGACUUCCAUAUAGGAUGGAUCAUGGAUCCACUCGUGUAUGGAGACUAUCCUUCUCUCAUGAGGGAGAUUGCAGGUUCAAGACUGCCUUCAUUUGAUGCAAAAGAAUCAAAGAAGUUAAAGGAAUCGUUUGAUUUUGUCGGCUUCAACCAUUAUGGUGUAUUUUAUGUGCAAUCCUACCCUAAUAAUUAUGACAAGAAUGAUAGGGACUACAUCAAAGAUCUCUCCGCGAAAGUACCAAAUUUCCUGACAAGGUCUCUCUCAAAGGUUUUCACCAUGAAAGGAAAAUCUCCAUUUUCCAAUACCCCAUGGGCUCUGCAGGAAAUGCUUGAGUAUGUCAAAGUAAAAUACAGGAAUCCUCCGAUCAUCAUUCAUGAAAAUGGAUAUGGAGAAUUUGAUAUCGGCCCAACUACCGGAAACGGUACAGCUGACAGUGACAGAGUAACCUACUUGCAGGGAUAUAUUGAAAGCUUGCUUCAGUCUGUUAGAAAUGGCUCAAACACAGUUGGGUAUUUUGUGUGGUCAUUUAUAGAUUGUUUCGAGCUUAUGUUUGGCUACACCGCACGUUAUGGACUUUAUGGAGUUGAUUUCAGAGGUGCAGAUAGAAGCAGGUUCCCUAGGCUUUCAGCGCACUGGUAUUCAAGCUUCCUGAGUAACAGAGGACUAAGAAUUCAAGCAUCAGAUAUUGUUUACACUGAGUAGAGCUUAACUCUUGAGCGAUUUGUGAGACCAUGAUACAGAGAUUAUUUACACUGAGCAGAGCUCAACUGUGAUUGAUUUGUGAUACGUAUUCGUCUUUCCCCUCACUGUACUGUUUGCAUUGGUAACAGGUUGUGUUGUUUCAUGGAGUUAUUGUUCCAAAACUCCUUUUGCAUGAUUAAAAUAAAGUCUUUUUUCAAUUA